AUGGAGCAGUAUUUAAAGAAAAUAUGGUAUGAUCCGCGGCACCCUGGUUCCUUUGCUGGUGCAACUAAACUAUACGAAAUUGUAAAAAAAGAGGGAAUCUAUAAUAUUGGUUUAAAUCGAAUCAAAGAGUUUUUACAAAAUCAAGAUGCAUUUUCGCUGCAAAAAAAAGUGAGGCGCCGAUUUAAGAGAAGACGUGUGAUAGUGCAGGGAAUAGACUAUCAGUGGGAAGCAGACUUGGCCGACGUGCAAAACCUCUCCGAGAACAAUAACGGAAUAAGGUAUCUCUUGGUUGUCGUUGAUGUAUUUUCUCGAUUUAUGUGGGUGAGACCUUUGAAAGAUAAAAAAGCUCAGUCGAUCAUUGAUGCAUUCAGAGACAUUUUGAGUGGUCCUCGACAACCCAAAGCUAUCCGGACGGAUAAAGGGUCGGAAUUUAACAAUCGGUACUUGAAACGAUAUCUACAGGAAAAAGGCAUUAAAAUUUUUUAUGCCUUAAACGAGACCAAGGCCAAUUUUGCCGAAAGGUACAUUCAAACGUUAAAGAAGAGAUUGUAUAGAUAUUUUACGCAUACUCAAAAACACAAGUACAUAAACAUUUUACAAGAUGUGGUGAUGUCUAUCAACGAAACACCCAACCGCUCCCUAAACGGAAGAGCUCCAGCCUCUGUCGACGCAGAGAACGAAUCGGAAGUGAGACUGGAUGCUUACUUGGUGAGACGAAAAGCUCAGAAAAAAAGACUGAAUAUUAAAAAGUCGUCAAAACGAAAACGCACAGCGUAUACCCUUAAGAUAGGCGAUCAGGUGCGCAUUUCUCACUUAAGACGCCAGUUUCAACGUGACUAUGAUCAGACUUUUACCGAAGAAAUUUUCAUUGUGAGCCAUCGCUUCGUUUCACAAGGCAUCCCUAUUUACAAGCUUAAGGAUAUGAUGAACGAACCAAUUCAAGGUAGUUUUUAUGCCAGCGAACUUCAGAAGGUAUCCAAAGACGAACAGACACAAUGGAGAAUCGAAAAAAUCAUCAGGAAACGGAAAGUACGCGGAAAACCGGAAGUACUUGUACGUUGGUUAGGUUGGCCCAAGAAAUUCGACAGUUGGAUUCCAGAAAUCGAUGUCAAAAACAUUUGA